AUGUCAUCAAUUGCUGCUAUGGCUUCUCGCCGGGCUUUUGCCCGCCAGCCUAUCUUCCGCGCCCCCCCGCGUCGCUUUAUGUCCUCUAAGGUCGAGGAGGCCAGCCUUGACAAGGCUCCUAAGCGUGACCCCGAGCUAUAUGUUCUUCUCGGUGUCAUGUCCGGAGCUUUCCUGAUCGCUGGAUGGUACUUUGGCUCUAAGCCUACCUCCGUCACCUCCGAAAGCAACGUCCGCAUCGGCGAGAGCGCCAUGCCAUGGCAUGCUGCCUCCGAGGAUGGCAAGAUCUACAAGUAUCAGUACCACCCUCACGGAGACAAGAACCAGCCCCUCCGUGCUGCACCCAGCGCUUUGAACACUGUCAUUGUCCCCAAUGUCACCUUGCCCGAGGAUCUUCACGAGAAGUUCAACAAGUACGGCAAGGAAGAGUGGGACUAUUAG